AGUCUCAGGAAAACUGUUGCUCCUAAACUUCUAGAGAGACAAUCGCAUCUACUCUGAACUAAAAUUGUUGUUCCCACAAUGGAGAAGGUGGUAAUGAUCAUCAUGAUUAUGUUUGCUCUUGGAAUCAACCACUGGUCUUGCACAGGGUUGCCACGGUAUGCGGAUCCCCUCGUGGAUGACGCCUUCAAUGCUUCUGUCAGUGCAGCAAAUGCCAGGAUACAUGGUCGAUUUCUCUAUCGGCCAUACAAAAGUUCACUGAAAAAUGAAUCUGUCGCAGAAGAUAACUCCAGGAACCUAUUUUUCGAGUUCUACAUGCAAAAAACUGUAUGCCGGAAACGUAUUGGAGCAAAUCCCUUUACAUGUGCCUUCCAAAGAAGGACCAGCAGGAGUGUGGUCAAGUGUGAAAGCAGAGCAACCGUGAUUGAAAAUACUCUGUACUAUGCGAUUGCUGACUGUUUCUUCAUCUGGCACUCGGACAGUACUUUCCAAACUUGAGGAAAUAUGGAAAACCAGACCCUAAUUCUCAUGUUGAAUGGAAUCUGAUGAAUAUAACGAAAGAGAAGAUCUAAUGAAGAAAGAUAAUUUAUGAAUUGUGUAAUUUUUAAAUCAAUUUAAGUCUGUAAUAAAUGUCUUACUUUUCCUCUAAGA